CGUUUGCGCAUAUCUCACACGUACUAGGACACGUGGACCUGGUUCAGCCCUCACCGACUCGUGUAUCGCAGAGACUCAAAGUCCAUGUUGUGUUUCUCUUUCGUCUCUCUCGUUCGUCUUGGUUGAAAACCACUGCCCAACGCAGGCAAAACUUUAAUAACUUCUUCUUCCUCUUCAAACUCUCUGAUCAAAGGUUUUCAAGCAACAUCUUGGAUAGGAGACCAUACAUAUAACAUGAACACUCGAGCGGCCAGGUAUGUAAACCGAAGGAAGGAUCGGGUGGACUUAGACCUCAAUAGUGCGCCCCCUGGUGACAAUCGGGAUCAGGAGGGAACUUCAACCCCGGCAGAUCCUCAGAAUAAUCAAGCUACCCUGCAAGGGCAGUCCGCACCACCUAAUAUGAUUGAUGUUGAGGCUAUUGAUGAUGAUGUUGUUGAAUCCUCCCCCAGGGCUUUUGCUGAGGCUAAAAACAAUGCCAGGAGGAACCAAAGAAGGAUCACUGUUGAUGUGGAUUUAGAACGAACUAGGGUCACUCGUAACAAGCGCAGAAGAGUUGCACCAAACCAAACAAUAAUUAAUUGUGAUUUCUACAUAAAUUUGGAAAGCAAUAACAAUUCCAGCUCCACGAAAGAGAGUGUUGCACAACCAGCACCUCCCCCACCAAAGGAGCCCACUUUUAGCUGCCCCAUCUGCAUGGCCCCAUUAGUUGAGGAGAUGUCAACGAAAUGUGGUCACAUUUUCUGUAAGGCAUGCAUUAGGGCUGCGAUAGGUGCACAGGGUAAAUGCCCUACGUGUAGGAGAAAAGUAACUAUGAAAGAACUCAUUAGGGUAUUCCUCCCUACGACCAGAUGAGUGUGCAACUCAUGCCUAUAUUGGUGAUCAGGGUUAUUGUAAGGUGCUUUUCGAGGAAGAAGGAUUAAAGAAUUGUUUUGGCAUGCCUGCAGAAAUGAUUUUCCAUACUUAAAAAUGACUGGUCUCAAAUAUGUGCCGCUUAUUAGGCCUAGUGAGGAUGAUGGUUUUUUGUAUGGAAAAAUCUUAUUGGUUGGUGGGGUAUUUGUACUCUCAUGUCUUGUCACCUUACAUCUAAUUUUAUGCCUCUGUGGCUGAGAUGUUAAUGCAAAUUAGCUUUCGGAUGUGUAAUUCAUUGUGCUGAAUUACUAACUGUAGGAGCUUCAUUUCAAUUUAUGGUUUAUGGUUGACUAGUAAUCGUGAACAGGUGUUGAUUACAAUCUAAUAUAAACAGAUUUUCAAUGUGCA